AAAAUCUUGAAUGAAAAAAGUGUUAACGCUGGUAUUAUCAAUUUUAAUAUAAAUAGGAUGGAGCAAACUUAUAAUUAAAUGAUUUGAAGGAGAUCUUAAAGGGAGAUUUAGAUAUUGUAGUUGAAAUAUAGGAUCAUGUUAAAAACGUAUUGGUUUGAGUGAUAAAUUAGCAUAUACUAUAAUCUAGAAAUACAGUAGAUAUGAUAGUGUAAAAGAAAAUACCAAUAUAUGGGAUAAGUACAGGAUUUGGUAAAUUUAAAGAAGUAUUUAAAAUAUAUAUAACGAGAUUUAUAUUCCUCACUAAGAGAUGGUUGAUUUAUAAAAGAACUUAAUUAUAUCUCAUGCUUCAUGUGUAGGUGAACCAUUAAAACCAAACAUAGUAUUGGUAAUGAUGAUUUUGAGGUUAAAUUGUUUGAUUAGAGGAUUUUCUGGUGUAAGGAUGUGUCUUAUAGAAUCUUUACAAUAAGCAAUAAAUAAGAAAUUAAUUCCAAAAGUACCUUGUUAAGGUUCAGUGGGAGCAUCUGGAGAUUUGGCACCUUUAUCACAUUUAGCAUUAGGAUUGAUGGGAAUAGGAGAGAUUUGGAUAGAUGGAUAAUAUAUAGAUGCAGAUUAAGCAUUAAAAAUAAAUGAUUUUGAACCAUUAGAAUAUAUGGAGAAAGAGGGAUUAGCUAUGAAUAAUGGAACUUAAAUGAUGGCAGCAAUAAAUUUAGAAACUUUAAUGAGAUCAUAAUAUGUUAUGGAUGCUGCAGAUUUAGCUCUAGGAUUGACAAGUUAUGCUUUAUAAAGUAAUACUUAUUAAUUAAUAAAUAUAUAGCUAAUUACAAUUUCUUAAAAUGUCAUAAAGGAAAUAGUAAUAAAACUUUAAAUAUAUUGUCCAGUUUAAUUGGAGAAACAUGUUAAGAGUAAAUUAAAACUAAUCCUAAGAGUAUACAAACUGCUUUUACUACCCAUUAAAUAAUUAGGCAAUCAAUAGAAGAGAAUCUGAAAAUUUUAGAAAGAGAAAUAAAUUCAACCAGUGAUAAUCCUAUUAUUGAUAAUGAACGUUAAUCAGCUAGAUCAGGUGGUAAUUUUCAUGGUGAAUAUAUGGGAAUGUUGGCUGAUAAUAUGUGUAUAGCUUUAUAAAGACUUUGUAUAUUUAGUGAAGUAUUUAUAUUAUCUUUAUUCUCAUUUAGAGAAGAUAAGAAAGAUUAGUAAAUUCAGAAGUUGGAGAUUGUGGAUUACCUAUGUUUUUAACAUCUAAAGGAGGAUUACUUAAUGGAUAUAUGAUUCCUCAAUAUACUAGUGCUGCUUUAGUAUCUGAAAAUAAAGUACUCACUCAUCCAAGUUGUAUUGAUACUGUUCCUACUUCUGCUAAUAUUGAAGAUCAUGUUUCUAUGGGAGCUUAUAGUGCUAGAAAAGCAAUGUAAGUUGUUUCAAAUGCUGAAUACAUUAUUGCUAUCGAAUUAAUGUGUGCUGCAUAAGGAUUAGAAUUUGCUAAAAUUUAACUACCACCUAAAAUUUCAAGUUGUCUCAAAUUUAUUAGAAAUAUUAUUCCCGAUGUUAAAACUCAAGUAAAUUAUAUUUAUAUAUAUACCCUAGGAUAUUUUUAUGAAUCAAUACAUUGAAUUAAUGGCUCACAAUCUAAGACAUGGUUAAAUUAAUCAAUUAAUGCAAGAAUUAUAAUUAUUAUGAAUAUGCAUCUAUUAAUAAAAUCAUCCUU